CGCAGAACUGCUUCUGCCUCUGCACAUCUCUCCUCAGAUCAGCUCCUUGCUCCCUUGCCUUUCCGUCCCUUUCCCUCUUUUCUGCUCACACUGUUCACUUUCUCUGCACCCCCCCACCCCCGCUUUGUUAUUCAGCAUGUCUGAUUAGCAGGAGUCUGAUUGGCUGGCUGCCUGCUCUAGAGAGAUUCCAUUCAGCUUACCCCCCACCCAUCCACCCACCCACCCUCGCUCAGGAAAUGUGAGCGAGGCUGAUGGAAGCUGAUAGGCAGGGCUGGAGUGCGAGCCCCAGCGCUGGAUGUGACAGCACCGGGCAGAGGAGCGUUAGCAGCUUAUUCAGUGUCCGAUUCGGAUUCCGGCAAAGAUCCAAGCAUGGAAUGCUGCCGUCGGGCAGCUCCUGGCACACCGCUGCUCUUUCUGGCUUUCCUACUCCUGAGUUCCAGGACCGUGCGCUCAGAGGAGGACCGCGAAGGCCUCUGGGAUGCCUGGGGCCCUUGGAGUGAGUGCUCCCGGACCUGUGGUGGAGGUGCCUCCUACUCCCUGAGACGCUGCCUGAGCAGCAAGAGCUGUGAAGGAAGAAAUAUCCGGUACAGAACAUGCAGUAACGUGGACUGCCCACCAGAAGCAGGUGAUUUCCGAGCUCAGCAGUGUUCCGCUCAUAACGACGUCAAGCACCACGGCCAGUUUUAUGAAUGGCUUCCUGUGGCUAACGACCCUGACAACCCUUGUUCACUCAAGUGCCAAGCCAAAGGAACCAGCCUGGUUGUUGAACUAGCACCGAAGGUCUUAGAUGGUACACGAUGCUAUACAGAAUCACUGGAUAUGUGCAUCAGCGGCCUAUGCCAAAUCGUUGGCUGUGAUCACCAGUUGGGAAGUCCCGCUAAGGAAGAUAACUGUGGAGUCUGCAACGGAGAUGGGUCCACCUGCAGGCUGGUCCGUGGGCAGUAUAAAUCCCAGCUCUCUGCAACUAAAUCGGAUGACACCGUGGUUGCCAUUCCUUAUGGAAGCAGACACAUCCGCCUUGUCUUAAAGGGGCCAGAUCAUUUGUAUCUGGAAACCAAGACGCUCCAGGGGACUAAAGGUGAAAACAGUCUGAGCUCUACAGGCACUUUCCUUGUGGACAAUUCUACAGUGGACUUCCAGAAACUUCCAGACAAAGAGAUACUGAGGAUGGCCGGGCCACUAACAGCAGAUUUCAUCAUCAAGAUCCAUGACCUGGGGCCUGCGGACAGCACUGUCCAGUUCACCUUCUACCAGCCUAUCAUCCACCGAUGGAGGGAAACGGACUUCUUCCCUUGCUCAGCAACUUGUGGAGGAGGUUACCAGCUGACGUCUGCUGAGUGCUACGAUCUCCGCAGCAGCCGUGUGGUCGCCGACCAGUACUGUCACUACUACCCAGAGAAUAUCAAGCCCAAACCUAAGCUUCAGGAGUGCAACUUGGAUCCUUGUCCAGCCAGCGGCGGAUACAAGCAGAUCAUGCCUUAUGACCUCUACCAUCCCCUUCCUCGGUGGGAGGCCACCCCGUGGACCGCGUGCUCCUCCUCGUGUGGGGGGGGCACCCAGAGCCGGGCAGUUUCCUGUGUGGAGGAGGACAUCCUGGGGCAUGUCACUUCAGUGGAAGAGUGGAAAUGCAUGUACACCCCUAAGAUGCCCAUCGUGCAGCCCUGCAACAUUUUUGACUGCCCUAAAUGGCUGGCACAGGAGUGGUCUCCGUGCACGGUGACCUGUGGCCAGGGACUCAGAUAUCGCGUGGUUCUCUGCAUUGACCACCGAGGAAUGCACACAGGAGGCUGCAGUGCGAAAACAAAGCCCCACAUAAAAGAAGAAUGCAUCAUACCCACGCCCUGCUACAAACCCAGAGAGAAACUUCCAGUAGAGGCCAAGCUGCCAUGGUUCAAGCAAGCCCAGGAGCUAGAGGAAGGAGCUGCUGUGUCUGAAGAGCCUUCGUUCAUUCCAGAAGCUUGGUCGGCCUGUACUGUCACCUGUGGUGUGGGAACCCAGGUGCGAACAGUAAGAUGCCAGGUGCUCCUGUCUUUCUCUCAGUCCGUGGCUGACCUGCCUAUGGAUGAAUGUGAAGGGCCCAAGCCAGCCUCGCAGCGUACCUGUUAUGCCGGACCAUGCAACGGGGAAAUUCCUGAAUUUAACCCAGACAAUGGAGACGGACUCUUGGGUGGCCUGCCGGACCUGGACGAGCUGUAUGAUUGGGAAUAUGAGGGCUUCACCAGGUGCUCUGAGUCCUGUGGAGGAGGUGUCCAGGAGGCCGUGGUGAGCUGCCUGAACAAACAGACCCGGGAGCUCGCGGAUGAGAACCUGUGUGUGAGCAGCCGAAGGCCCCCGCAGCUCCUGAGAUCCUGUAAUUUGGAUCCCUGCCCAGCAAGGUGGGAAAUUGGCAAGUGGAGCCCAUGCAGCCUCACCUGUGGGGUUGGCCUGCAAACCAGAGACGUUGUCUGCUCCCAUCUCCUCUCCAGAGAGAUGAAUGAGGUGGUUGUCCUGGCUGAUGAGCUGUGUCACCACCCUAAACCCAGCACAGUACAAGCGUGCAACCGCUUCAAUUGCCCGCCAGCCUGGUACCCUGCACAGUGGCAACUGUGUUCCAGGACCUGUGGAGGAGGGGUUCAGAAACGGGAUGUUCUUUGCAAACAACGUAUGGCUGAUGGCAGCUUCCUGGAGCUUCCAGAGACCUUUUGUUCAGCCUCCAAACCAACCUCCCAGCAAGCAUGCAAAAAAGAUGACUGCCCCAGUGAGUGGCUUCUCUCAGACUGGUCAGAGUGCUCUGUGAGCUGUGGGGAGGGCACCCAGACUCGAAGUGCCAUUUGCCAGAGGGUGCUGAAAACCGGGGUCUCCACUGUUGUCAAUUCUACCCUGUGCCCUCCCCUGCCUUUCUCUUCCUCCAUCAGACCGUGCAUGCUGGCAACCUGUGCAAGGCCUGGAAGGCCUUCCACCAAGCACGGCCCUCACAUCGCAGCUGCACGGAAUAUAUACAUCCAGACCCGCAGGCAGAGGAAGCUGCAUUUCGUGGUGGGAGGAUUCGCUUACCUACUACCCAAGACUACCGUGGUGCUCCGGUGCCCCACCCGCAGAUUCCGGAAGCCCCUCAUCACCUGGGAGAAGGACGGCCAGCACAGCAUUAGCUCGGCUCACGUCACCGUGGCCCCUUUCGGCUACCUGAAGAUCCACCGCCUCAAGCCCUCAGAUGCAGGCAUCUACACCUGUUCUGCAGGGCCCGCCAGGGAGCAGUUUGUGAUUAAGCUCAUUGGAGGCAACCGCAAGCUGGUGGCCAGGCCUCUGAGCCUUUGGAGUGAGGAGGAGGAGGCCCUGCAGGUGAGGAAGGCCAAUCCAAAGGAGGCCUUGCAAACCCACAAACACCAAAAUGGCAUCUUCUCCAACGGCAGCAAGGCCGAGAAGCGCGGCCUCACUGCAGACCCUGGGAACCGCUAUGAUGACAUUGUGUCUAGGCUGCUGGAGCAGGGCGGCUGGCCAGGAGAGCUCCUGGCCUCCUGGGAGGUGCAGGACUCUGCAGAAAGGAACGCCUCCUCGGAGGAGGAUCCCAAUGCUGAACAGGCCCUCCUGCACCUCCCCUUCACCAUGGUGGCCGAACAGAAGCGCCUGGAUGACAUUCUCAGGAACCUGUCCCAGCAGCCGGAGGAGCUACGGGACCUCUACAGCAAGCACCUGGUGGCACAGCUGGCCCAGGACAUUUUCCGCAGCCACCUGGAGAGCCAGGACAUGCUUCACAAGCCCUCUGAGCAGAGGUUCCCUCCCGUGGCCAUCCCGCCCCACAAACGUGUUUCCAGCUUCAGCAGCUCCCUAAGGAGCUCUUCCGGGGAGGCCGGGGGUGGCUCCCGCAGGCCUCACCGCAAGCCCACCAUCUUGCGGAAGAUCUCGGCGGCACAGCAGCUCUCAGCCUCCGAGGUGGUCACCCACCUGGGGCAGACCGUGGCUCUAGCCAGCGGGACCCUGAGUGUGCUUCUGCACUGCGAGGCGGUAGGCAACCCGAGGCCUACCAUCCACUGGACCAGGAACGGAGAAGCGGUGCAGUUCAGUGACAGGAUUCUUCUGCAGCCAGAUGAUUCCUUACAGAUCUUGGCACCAGUGGAAGCUGAUGUGGGUUUCUAUACUUGCAAUGCCACAAAUGCCUUGGGAUAUGACUCUGUCUCCAUUGCUGUCACAUUAGCAGGAAAGCCACUAGUGAAAUCAUCUCGAAUGACUGUGGUCAACACAGAGAAGCCUACAGUUACAAUGGAUAUUGGCGGGACCAUCAGGACCAUCCAAGGAGUGAAUGUGACAAUUAACUGCCAAGUGGCAGGUGUGCCUGAAGCUGAAGUCACUUGGUUCAGAAAUAAAACCAAAUUGGGGGCCUCCCACCAUCUGCACGAGGGCUCCUUGCUGCUCACAAAUGUGUCCUUCUCUGAUCAGGGCCUGUAUUCCUGCAGGGCAGCCAAUCUUCAUGGAGAGCUGACAGAGAACACACAGCUCCUGAUUCUAGAUCCCCCUCAAGUCCCCACACAGUUGGAAGACAUCAAGGCCUUGCUCUUAGCCACUGGACCGAACCUUCCUUCAGUGCUGAUGUCUCCUCUGGGAACACAGCUGGUCCUGGAUCCUGGGAAUUCCGCUCUCCUUGGCUGCCCCAUCAAAGGCCACCCCACCCCCAACAUCACCUGGUUCCAAAAUGGCCAGCCAAUUGCCUCUGCCCUGGGGCUGACCCACCACAUCUGGGGAGCCGGACAGAUCCUCCAUGUUGCAAAUCUCAGUGGAGGACCUCAGGGGGAGUUCAGCUGCCUGGCUCAGAAUGAAGCAGGAACGCUCAUGCAAAAGGCCUAUUUGGUGAUCCAAGAUUACUGGUGGUCUGUGGAUAGACUGGCGACCUGCUCAGCAUCCUGUGGUAAUAGAGGGGUUCACCAGCCCCGCCUCAAGUGUUUGCUGAACAACACGGAGGUUGACCCCGAGCACUGUGCAGGAAAGCCUCGGCCUGCUGUGCAGCCCAUUGCCUGCAACCGGAGAGACUGUCCUUCUCGGUGGAUGGUGACUUCCUGGUCCCCCUGUACCCGAAGCUGUGGUGGAGGUGUCCAGACCCGCAGGGUGACCUGUCAGAAGUUGAAAGCUUCUGGGAUAUCUACCCCAGUGCCCAACGACAUGUGUGCCCAACUGGCCAAACGGCCUGUGGACACCCAGGCCUGUAACCAGCAGCUGUGUGUGGAAUGGGCUUUCUCCAGCUGGGGCCAGUGCAAUGGGCCUUGCAUAGGCCCUCGCCUUGCUGUGCAACACAGACAAGUCUUCUGCCAGACCCGGGAUGGCAUCACCUUACCAUCAGAGCAGUGCAGUGCCCUCCCCAGGCCUGUGAGCACCCAAAACUGCUGGUCAGAAGCCUGCAGUGUACACUGGAGAGUCAGCCUAUGGACCCUAUGCACCGCAACCUGUGGCAACUAUGGCUUCCAGUCCCGGCGGGUGGAGUGCGUUCAUGCCCGCACCAACAAGGCUGUGCCCGAGCACCUGUGUUCCUGGGGGCCCCGGCCUGCCAACUGGCAGCGCUGCAACAUCACUCCGUGUGAAAACAGUACGUUCCAAUCCCAAAGAACAUUCUGCAAAUUCCCCACAGGUCAUCGGGUUCAGAGGGCGAUCCCUGGGACUCAGCCUGAACACGGGGCAUUGGAUCAAGUUCCCUAAGGAUGGAACAUUUUAAGUGGGGUACAUGGGUGUGUGCAAGGAUUGCGUACGCAUGUUCAGACCACAAAAGAUGCCAGGAUGUGUCCCGGGGGCUCCCACUGUCUUCAUCCAGAGCCCUGGGGGAGCCAAGGGCUGGAUAAGGUCGAACUCCAGCUCACCUGCUGUCAACCUGGCUGGUGCACAGGGGAAGACUAAACAGUGGUCCAUAGGGACCAGGCUCCUAACUGGUACCACUGAAGAAGCAUGCAGAGCACAGACCACUCAGCCGGCUCUGCGCCUGUCACUGUUCUGCUUCCCACCAAACCAGAACCUGCUGACCCCUCCUUCCCAGCCCAUGUACGUCCACUGGAAAGGAACAGGAGAAGGUGCCCCUGGGUUCUGCCCUUCCGUUCCCUCCACCCUCAGCUCUGGAGCCUGUCAGCCCCAGACCAGUGUUUCUAUUCUAGUCUCUCCUCCCACACCCAAAUUGGAGAUAUUUCCCCACAAAGGGCGAUGAUAAGUCUUUGCAAAGUAUAGAUGAUAAAAAGUAACUUUAGGAGCCCAAUUUUGCCCCUCACUGAACUUCACCGGGUAGUCAGUUGCCAACACUGAGACCGAUAGCCUGUAGGCACAUGGCCCAUCCCUUUUGACUCACUGGAGAUGUGUGAUCUUGUUAUUCUGGUGAAGUGCUGAUGUUCCUGUCAGAUGGCUGCCGUGUUCAGAAAGUUCCAGCAGUGCAAGGAGUUAAAAAGCUUACCAACUUCAGGCUGCACCUGAGGAUAUGGACCUUCAAUCAGGCCCUUGCUUGCUCUCUCAUAAGGAAUAAAAUUCUGUCCUUCAGGGAGCCAUUUCUCACUAAAAUAUCAAACAGCCCAUGGGUGGGCAAAAGCAAGCAAGGAGAUAAGAUCAUCCCAAGAGAAAGGACAUUAAAAUUGCCAUUCUGAAGUAGAAGUAGUUUACAAAAGGAAGAAAAGGCGGCCUUGAGAUAGCCCCCAUCAGCCAGCCACACCACUGCAGACUGGUGGGCAGGGGGAUGGCAAAGGGCUGAGCUCUGCCAGGGGGAUGGCUGUCCAAAGGGGCUGGAGAACCAUGGCUAAGGUAGACCCCACAGGCAUCUUGCCGAGGGCCUCGGCUGCUCAGCAGCAGCUGCGUCCAGGAGCCUCUGUCUCACAUCUCCUUUCUGUCCCCUUCCUCCCCUCCUGCCUUCUCAGCUGAGUGCAGAGACACCACCAGGUACUGCGAGAAGGUGAGGCAGUUGAAACUCUGCCAGCUCGGCCAGUUCCGAUCUCGCUGCUGUGGAACAUGUGGCAAAGCAUGAAGACAGGGCACGGGGCCGAACUCUACCCUGGCCACACAAAGGACUCAUACAGCCACCUUGGACAUGACUUAUGCAUUCUUCCUCUUAUUUAUUUAUUUUCCUUCCCCCACACACCCAUGUCCACCUGCACCCAUGCUCCUGAGGACCUUGGCAUGUUUUCUUAUUCAGUUAGCUGGAGGCAAGUGUUGAGAAUAGAAAAAGAGAUGUCUAAAGGAGGCUGCAGAGCAGGCCAGGUAGACAGCAGCUCCCUUGCAGAGCUGGCUCCUUCCCACUCAGCGUCUCAGAGACACAGGGAGAGCAAGCCAAUAAGGGACAGCAAGGAGCUGAGGAUGGUAACACAUAAGGACAGGCACAGGCCGACGAGGAGUGCCAUUCCUUCGUUUCCUGGUGAUAUGAUGGUAAGAACCAGGGGAACACCAUGCUGGAGUAGAAACCAGGCUAGAAUCUAGUUCUUCUGGAAUUGGGGUGGGAAACCAAGAAAGAAGAGAAGUGAACUAUGGGGAAGGCGGGUUUCACCAAAAGAGACGAACAGAGUAGACAGAAGGCAUGCAGUUAUACAGAAGACAGAAGCAAAAGGAAGGGAAGGGAAGGAAGCUUGUGUGUGCUCCUUGAUGGGAGGAGCUAGCAGGCAGGACAGAUUUUCAAGCAGCCCACAGGGGACCCAUCUGACAAGCCUGUGCCCUGGUACAUGUGCACAGUCCUGUGGGUUUAGCAAAGGUGGGGAAGGGUAUUCAGCGUCUUCUCGGGGUGCCCAUGCUGCAUGAUAGAAGGUGAGCCCUUCAUGGGAUUACAGACGUGCUCUACUCUACCAAGUAACCUUUGUGUCUGCAGCUGUGGAAAACCCAGCAAGGGGUCAGGGUCUGGCUGUGUAGUCAGGCAGCCCGGAACAUCUCCUCGCUUAAAUCAAGGGUCCCUAGCCCUGGACUAACUGCUGUUGUGGGCCAAAGGUAUUUGAGCAUGAGUAUUCUGUGUUUUCUAUCUGAAUGACUCUGCUGCUGCCCAUUGGGCCAGGGACUAGAGUCAUUGCUCACAAAGGAUUCAUCAAGCAAUCUGUUAGCUGGCAAGCAUCUAACGGGUGUGGGAUCCCUUCCCACCAGAGCUGGCCAGGAAACAGGAGAGGACAGAGGGGUCAGUGCAUGCCCACAGUGUGCCUUGUCUAUCCCAGCCGCACACAGUGGGCCUGUGGGCCCAUCCAGUAACACAGAAGAGCUGUUGUGCAUCCUGGUCACGCAGCAGGCUUGGGGGAGGGGUGUGAUAAGGUGCUAUGGUAAAGCCAGAGGAUAGGUCAAAAGCUUUUCAGCGAUCCUCCCAACACAAAUGCUAUCUGCCUAUGGUAAUUAGCUCACCAGUCAGUGGGCCAAGAAGCACACAGGAUUCAGCAACAUAUAUCAGACAUGGCUAAAACAAAAGCCCUUGGCAAAUCCUCAUUCAGCAGAGAAGCUUCGACAGCGAUACUUGCUUCCUCCCCUGAGCAGUCUUAGAUAGGCAGAUUGGGCAGCCAGAGCCCAGUGGCCAUCAGACGAGCCACCGCUCACAUGCACACUCACCAAAUGCUACCACCGCAGGGCCACCACUGACAUCAAGGCUACAUUUCCCAGCCAGCUGGGAAGUUAAGUUAGGAAGACAACCUUAAUCUGUGUCUUGUAGGCGUACUUUUAAAAAUCUCUCAUGUACGUUUCUUAUAUCUUUUUCUUCCUACUCCACCCCAAUCCCUUCCAAAACCCCAACACCAGGUAGCAGAGAAAGAGUUAAUGGGAGAAGGGGCACAGUUCUUUCUUAGCUGCUUCCUGCUGAUCAGGGUCAUUGGGUCCCUUGGAGCCAUUCCAGUCCUCAUUUCAGUGGAUCUCCAACUUCUUGUUUCACAACAGCAACUAGAAGCAGGAAGGGGGAAGCAGGAGAGGCCUUGUUCUUUCUCUCUUCUUUCACACACUCUGGGCUCUGGCAUUUAAUCUCUCUCUAAAGUCCUCAGAUUCAAACUAUCUGCAGCUGGCAAAGAGCUUCUCUCCAAGCCUGCUGCUGUGGACCAUCUGAAUCAGCCCCACGUCCCACACCUGGGACCAAAACAAAAACAUGUUUAUAUCCACAACAGUGUCUUCCUAGGUGCGCGGUGGACAAUUAGGAUGGGCCUCUUCCUCAUCACAAAAAUAGGCUCUAAAAAAAUGUGUUACUAAAAAUCAGUGUAAUGUUUAUUUAAAAUAAAAGAGAGUGUUUCUAUGUAUAUCUUUUGUGAAUAUUUAUUAGGAUUUCUUGUAUAAAAAAAGUGCAAUAUUAGUAAUUGUACAUUGUCAUCCAGAAAGAACAAAAACUCUUUGGGGAAUUUUAUUAACUUCCUGCAGCUGUGUUCCUAAAAACUCUGGCGAUAAUUGUAUUCUUCCUAAUUUUAAAAGAAACAAAACUGAUGUUGAACUCUGAUUAAUUAUUCUCUGUGUACAGAGUACAUUGCAAAAGCUAAUGUGGGGUGGGGGUCGGGCAAUAGAGCUGAUUUGUUUGUGACACUAGCUAUACAUGAAUCGAACACAAAUUCUGUAAUACUAAUACAGUUGAUUAGUUCUGUAGCUAUUGAAAAUUGGUGGCCAAUGUUUGAAUUUGCUAAGAAGAGGCAUCUUCCAGAUCUUGCAUGUGUCAGAAUGUGAGGUUGGAACUGCCUUUCAGAACAAGUUGGAGAGCUUAGGUUUGAAGUGGAAAGCAGUGUGCUCCUUGCAUGAGAUGAAUGUACAUUUAAUAUUUGUUCUGUGAAUUGUGACUCAGCAGUACCAGAAAUUAUCGGGGCUGCUGGAUAAUGUGGAAGGAGGCCCUUCCUCCUCUAAAACACAAAACUGUAUUUAUAUUUUUUUGUACAGAUAAUACAGCUUAUUUAUUUAAAUCUUG